AUAUUUAAAUGUCCAGUAGCACAGUGGAAUUACAUCUGUUUUGGCAUCGUUGUGUAUAGACCAGAAAUAUGUCAAUUACUUGCAAAUUAAUUACCACUUAUUGCAAAACAUGUCAGUUUUGCAGAGUGUUAGUUCCUUUCAGAUCGUUUUAUCGCAACUCUAAUAUUAUAAAAAAAACAUUUAUUUAUAAUGAAUUGUUAAAAACUACAUUAUAUAAAUUUUCUGUUCACGACCAAUCAGUUUUAUAUUUUUCAACUUCAACCUCCUCUAAAUCUAAUUCUACAACUAUGGCCGAAGGUGAUCUAAAAAAUCUCAAUCUGAAUUAUAAAGAUAUUUUAGAAGCCCAAAAAGAUGACAGUGUAUUGAUCAUAGAUGUUAGAGAACAAAAUGAAAUUGACGAAACUGGAAAGUUACCAGGAAGUAUUCAUAUACCAAUGGGAGAUGUAUCGAAUGCUUUAUUAACUCUAUCUGAAAAAGAUUUCAAAAAUAAAUAUGAUAAAAAGAAGCCUUCAAAAGAUACAAAAAUUAUAUUAAGCUGUAGAUCUGGUAAAAGAAGUGCAAUGGUUCAGGAAGAAAUACAAAAACUUGGAUACGAAAAAGCAUAUAACUACACUGGAGGAUGGUUAGAUUGGGAAAGUAAUCAAAAAGUAUAGAUUUUUUUUAUAUAGUUAUAAUUCUUUAUAUAAUUAGACAUGUUCACUAGUUCUCUAUUAUUAAGUAUAAAAUAGAAUAUAUAAUUCGAGCAUUAGUUACAUAACUCUACAUUAUUUCAAUUAAUGUAAUAUAUUUACAUGUAUAUCAGAGUUUAUAUGCAUAAAUUUGUA